CCUCCCAGACAUUCACUUUACUAGUUUGUGGUCUUGUUUCUCUCCAGCCCCAGAAGGGUUGCUGGCACUGUUCUGUUCCAGAACUUCAGUUCCAAGCUUGGAAAAAUAAAGUUCUUUCUGAAGAAGUGAAUUUACAAGGGAAUUUGUAGGCUGGAGGAUUUUGCCCUUGGCCAUUCUCCUUGAUCCUUGCCGGCUUCCAGGGGGCCUUCCUCUACCCUGAAAACAAGGAUGAAGAAGCCCACAGGCAAGAAAAAUAAGACCCAGACCCCAGAGGCAGAAGUGCAUGUGCAAAAGAACACUGCCAAAGAAGAGAAGGCAUCUGGGAAAGAACUCAAACCCACUUUGGCCCAAAAGCACAGGAAGGAAGCCCGCCUCAGUCCUGAGAAUGAGAAGCACAUGUUUGAGGCCUUAGAUGCUUCAUUUAAAGAUGACUUUGAAGGAGUUCCCAUGUUCACUCCCUUCCAGAGGAAGAAGCCCUACAAAUGCAGCGAAUGUGGGCACAUCUUUAAGCACAAGACGGAUCAUGUUCGUCACCAGAGAGUCCACAUUGGAGAGAACCCCUUCCAGUGUGCCCAGUGCAGGAAGACAUUCAGGCACAGCUCUAACGUGACCAAGCACCAGAGGAUUCACCCCAGAGAAAAGCCCUUUAAAUGUAGUGAGUGCAGCAAAGCCUUUAACUGCAGUUCCAAUCUCCUGAACCAGAAAACCCACACUGGAGAGAAGCCGUACGGAUGUAAGGAGUGUGGAAAGACCUUUGCCUACAGCUCAUGUCUCAUUCACCAUCGGAAACAUCACCCACGGAAGAAGCAUUGAGUGUGGGGAAGCUACCCACCAGACUCGGAACUUUGUGCCCACAAGAACGUCCUGGCAGGCCUGCCUGGGGGUCCUCUUCCUCUGGAGUCUGAGCAGGCUGGUGGGGUCCUGCCUUCACCAGGAGACCCACCCGAACCAGGUCAGCAAACACCCACGCCAUACAGAGAAUCUCCAGGUUGAGACAUCAUGACAACAAGCAUGCAAACUGCUGUCCAGAGGGCAGGUUUGGGACCUGAGCACAGCUCAGCACUUCCCACUGCUGCCUCGCCUGUAGCACCCACGUUGGCCUCAGCCCUCCCACCGGCUCCUUUGAAGACUGGUCUGCAGACCCUUU